GCUGAAUUUGUUUCUGAACCGUUGCUUAUGACGCUUCCUGAUCAUGCUUUGCUUACCGCGGAAUUUUUUGCUGUCAAAAGCGAAUGUUUUGAGCUUUGUAAUGAAAUCCGUCUGUCGAACUCCAUGCAAUGUCCACGCGGAAUACGAUACCCAGAACCUUAUAUUUCUUUUGCAAAGACAUAUCCUAGAGUUGUGGAGCUUCGUCAAUGGUUAGUUUAUCUACGAUCAUUGCUCAGACAAGUGACUUGGCCCUCCUCCCUGCAGUGUCAUUCCUUCUUUGUUCAAGUAUCGAACAAGACCUUCAACAGAUAGAAGCUCAGUUUCACUGUUUUCGCAUUCAACUAAACGACCUUCGUCGGAAGCUCUCACACAUGCCACAGUAUUGUGGAAAUUUCAUCAGCGAAUUGGAGAUGCUCCACCUAUCGGUCGAAAGAAGCUGGGAAGCGUUAUCUACUAUCGAAAAGCUGUUGCAAUUUUUGGUGGACCAUUCAUGCAAUCCAGUCGUACAAGCAUUGUGCUCCUUUGUGCAGUCGACGAAACUAAUCCACAUGACUCCUGAAAACGUCGGCGUCCUCCGGGAGCUCGCAGCUUAUACGAUUAAUUUAAUCACUGUUGGUCAACAGAUUAAGUUGGACGAACUUGAAUUACUUGAAAUGUGGAAUUCACACACGCAGCGGAAACCUUCCGGAUACUUUGGUGAAUCACCCGCCGAUACUCGGUUCUCACAGGAGUCCGGCUUAGGAAUAUGUUCUUCUGGGUUCAGCUCUCUACCGAGUUCAACGAAAAAUGGUGAUGCAUCCGAAUUUUGGGUGGGAGUGUAUCCUCACCGGAGAAGCGCCAGCGCCCCAACUCUCACCCCAGACGAAAUUGUUGCUCAGUCACCCCUCAUGUAUCAGCCGCUCUGUACACCAGUACUUCCGCAUGCAGAUGCCUGCUCGUUCGACUCCUUUUUCAUGGACGCCACCCUAUUGGACCUCGAUAAUGAGUCUUCUGGUUUCGGAUGCGAUGUUUCUUUAUUUAGCGACGAUAAGGUGUCGCGUCUAAAUGUCCCAUCCUCGUUUCAUCCGUUCGUGAAUAGCUCCGAAGUGGAUCUCUCGAAUACCUUCGCUCCUCCGAAGCACUUUUACCAACCUCCAUGUUCAACGUCUUCCUAUGGGUACAAGUCAGCACACCGCCGCGCUCUUAAUUAUACGGCGUCACUGAACCGACUUAAUUCUGUCAGUGCCAAACUACCUCCGUCGGCUGACCCUAACAACUACAUCUGUACCACUUUUGGAUCUACCGGUCACCUAGCAAAUGCUGUUCUCGAAACUCUGGAUCUCUGCGAAUUGCCGUACUCUACAAACCAGCUUGCCGGUUUUGACACUUCCACCGUACUUUCCACUCCGUUUACUCGACUGCCGGUUUUUUGUACAGUGGACGAGUCAAAGAAUCUUGGUGAUACAAUGCCGGCAGCCGAACCACCAACUGGGAUUCAUCACAUUCCACAUCAUCUGUCGCCAAGCAGAGAUGUCGUAAGGACAUCGACGCUUCAAUCGAAUCUCACAUCGAAAUGGAAACGACUGGUGCACGAUCCGAAGAAUGUCAACCGUGGUCCUAAGGAAGAAACUACACUAUCCCAGUGCGAUCACAGCGCCUCCGUUUCCCAUUCCGGCAAUCUUGCAGCGUACUCAUACGUUGGAAAUACCGAUGAAUGCAGACGCGUCUCGCGAAAUGCAUUGCCCACUGACAUUCGGAGUCCCUGGACCAUCUCGCAAACAAAUGUUUCCAGUCUGACUGUUACCACUGUUUCGCUAGUAACGCUGAUGCUUUUGUCACUCGUCUUCAUUGUUCACAUUCCCAGAAUCACUCGACAGACUGUGUCUGAGGUGAUUACCCACACCCCCGAAGACAAUUAUCCAUUUUCUCUUAUAAGUCCAGAGCUUGGAGUAGGACUAAUUCCAUUUGGAUGGCUAAGACAGAUACUGUGCCUACAACCCCCAGAUGCCAAAUAUGUUCCAUAUUGA